AAGGUGUCAACGCCGCGUUUGCGGAUUUGCGCUUCACUUCGGCUGGUUCAGGUUUUCUUCAGUUCGCGGAGUGUUGCGAAACGUUUUAAGUGCAAUUUUGAGUCAAUGCGUGCGUGCCGUAAAUGAAAACGAGAAAAAUGGCUGAGCGUUUCUCCGCGGACGUGUGGAAGAACUGGGAGAAGACUGGCAAAACUGAAUUCAUGAAAGUAUGUGCGCAAGAGGCGAAGGACAGCAGCAAAUCACCACUAUUAGACACAUCUGGCAAUACGACGCCGAUGUUCUACCACAUCAACGAGUUGAUCAGCCAGUGUGUGCAGGGUGUGAUUAAACAUGAUCUUGUUGUUAACACACUACAAGAACUUGUUUCAUUACACAAGGAUGUGCCAGCCAUUAUUCUUGAUGUGCUCAAUAUUGUUGAUGCUGAAACAUCAGAUGCUGGCAGUGGUGAUGGCACAAAGACAAGGAAUAAUUUUUGCCAGCUUGUUAAAGAUUGUGAUAAGGUACUCUCUGAUAAACUGCUGAAGGAAAGGCUAGAGAUUGACACACUUCAGGAGGUCGGUGUUUUGAAAAACCGCAGCUUUUAUACGAAGUUUAUCAAAGUGAAGACCAAAUUAUAUUAUAAACAAAGAAAGUUCAAUUUAUUCCGUGAGGAGAGUGAAGGAUUCGCCAAAUUAAUCACCGAACUAAAUCAAGAGUUUGGCAAUAACGUGGAUGAUGAUCGUCUCCUUGAUAUUGUACAAUCACUUAUAGGCUGCUUCAACCUGGACCCCAACAGAGUGUUAGACAUAAUUCUUGAAAGUUUUGAAAAUAAACCUCAGGAUGCUCGGCUGUUUAUUCCGCUGAUAAAGAACUACAUGAACGACGCCAAAACCAUCAGCGAAGUACUCGGUUCCAAGUUCACAUUGAACAAGAACAACGAGACGAUUCCACGAUCUCUGUAUAUUUUAACCGCUCACCUGUUACAACAUCAAAUUAUUACUUUGGACGACAUUUAUAUUUGGUUAAUACCAGAUGAUAAAUCGAUGUCAAAAGAUUGGGACAAAGAGAUGAAGGACGCCAAAGAGUACGUGCGGAAACUGUCGAUUAUAUCCCUCAAUAAAGACAAAGAAGAUCCACCCGAGGAGCGCGAAAACCCAAUGGAGAAAUAUGCGAUUAAUCAGAAGUUGAAUUUAUGCGAAGCUUUGAUUCACGUCGGUGAUUGGACGACUGCGCAAGCACUCAUCAAUCGCUUGCCUGAAAAUUACGUCGUUUCGUUUCAACCCAUCGCUCUGGCAAUUUGCAGUUUACUGCACACUGUUAUCGAACCGGUAUAUCGUACAAAUUUCCGCAUUGGAAAGAUUCGUGGCAAACCUUUACCUCCACACAAUAAUUCUUUAGCGCCAAAGCAAGCGACGACAUUUCUAGAACUUCGAAAUGACGCGAUACCAAUGCUUCUCGUAUUGGGACCAUCACUUCAUUUCGAUCCCAUUUUAUUGUACAAAAUAAUUCGGUUAUCUAAACUAGCCCUCGCCGAAGACGGCAUUGACGCGUCCAAAACUGCACCUGAACACGACAGUCUCUAUUUUGAUAUUGUUUCAUUACUGGACGUGUCCAUUUUACCAUCUUUGUCAUUUCUUGAUUGUAAUUGUUCGAUUGCUGAGGAGAUUUGGAGUCUGCUGAAACUCUACUCAUACCAAACACGUUAUUCGCUCUACGGACGGUGGAAGAAUGAAACUUACCUGAUUUAUCCGGAGUUGAUGCGGCGACGAGGCGAUGCCGAGAAGAAAAUCAAGAAUAUUAUGAAGCGCGUCAGUAAAGAGAACAUUAAACCUGCUGGGAGGAUAAUUGGUAAACUUACCCAUUGCUCUCCGGGUUUUCUGUUCGAUUAUGUCCUGGUGCAGAUACAAGUGUAUGAUAACUUGAUUCAUCCGGUGGUUGAUUCGUUAAAAUACCUCACGAAUUUGUCUUAUGAUGUGUUGGGUUUUUGUAUUGUCGAGACACUUGCGAAUGCAGAUAAAAAGCGUGUCAAGCAUGAUAGCACAUCGAUUUCGGGUUGGUUGCAAAGUUUGAGCUCGUUUUGCGGCACGGUGUUUAAAAAGUACAAUAUCGAACUGACUGGUUUACUGCAAUUUGUGGCGAAUCAACUUAAGGCGCAGAAAAGUUUAGAUCUCUUGAUACUUAAGGAGAUUGUGCAGAAGAUGGCUGGGAUUGACACUGCGGAAGACUUGACGACGGACCAGCUGAAUGCGUUGUCUGGUGGUGAACUACUUAAGAUUGAAGCGGGAUAUUUCAGCCAAGUUCGCAAUAUGAAGAAAUCAUCACUGCGUUUAAAAGAAGCAAUGGCGGAUCAUGACAUGGCUGUAGCUCUAUGUCUUUUAAUCGCCCAGCAGAAGUACUGUAUAGUUUACAAAGAGACUCAACAUAGUCACUUGAAACUUGUCGGUAAACUAUUUGAUCAGUGCCAGGAUACAUUAGUGCAGUUUGGUAAUUUUCUUGCAAGUACAUUGUCCGUGGACGAGUACGUUAACAAACUGCCAUCAGUUCAGUCCAUGUUGCUAGAGUAUCAUAUACCUAACGAAGUAGCAUUUUUCCUCGCGCGGCCAAUGUUUAACCACGCCAUUAAUAUCAAAUAUGACCAGUUGCGGAAAGCGGACGCUAAUUACAAGAAAAUGGCGACCGCUGUCAAACACCAGAAGUACUAUGAAGCCGUGACGGAGGUAAUGUCGCCAGUACAAAAGUCUCUUCUACCACUACACCAGGCGAAAGUGUGGGAUGAAGUGACACCGCAGUUCCUCGCUACUUUCUGGUCACUGACGAUGUAUGAUCUUUUCGUGCCCGAUGAGACUUACCAACAGGCGGUUAAUAAGAUAAAACAGUUGUCGCUAAAUGUGUCUGAACCCAAUUCUAGCAGGGAAAAGGAGUGCGAGCGGUAUCAGACUUUGAUUGAGAAACUGCAAGAUGAGAAGCGCAAGCAGCAGGAACAUGUGGAGAAGGUGAUGUAUCGUUUGCGUCAGGAGAAAGACACGUGGUUUGUUGCAAAAUAUGCAAAGAAUGAUACGAUCACAAGAUUCCUGCAGUUAUGUAUUUUUCCUCGCUGUACAUACACAGCGAUUGAUGCGGUUUUCUGCGCCAAGUUUUUAAAUAUUAUUCAUUCGUUGAAGACUGCUAACUUCUCUACCGUGCUAUGUUAUGAUAGGUUAUUUUGUGAUGUCACAUAUUCAAUCACAUCUUGCACGGAAAACGAAGCAAUGCGCUAUGGUCGUUUUAUUCUAUCAAUGUUGGAGAUUUUAAUGCGCUGGCACAAGUCAAAAGACAUCUUUGACAAGGAAUGUGCUGAUUACCCGGGCUUUGUUACAAAAUUCCGCGGUGCGGCUCAGCAGACCGACAGCGUCGAUCAAGUCGGCUACGAGAACUUCCGACACGUGUUCAACAAGUGGCACUUUAAGCUCACAAAAGCGCUGCUCGUCUGCCUCGACUCCAAGGACUACGUGCAGAUUCGCAAUGCGCUCAUUGUACUUAUCAAAAUCAUUCCCUUCUUUCCGGUGCUAGUAAAACUCUGCCACAUUAUCGAGAAAAAGAUUGAGAAACUGGCCGAGGAGGAGAAGAAUACGCGCCAAGAUUUGUUCACGCUGGCGAUUAGCUAUGUUGGUCAGUUGAAGCAUAAGAUUGCGUCCGGGAACGUGAUGCAUGAAAGCGAGUUUCACAUCAUUCCUGAGAAGGAAAAAACCGAGAAACCGGCCAAAUCUGAAGGAAAAGCCGACGUUAAACAAAAUGGUGAUUCUAAUAACAAGGCGGAUAAGGAGGUGAAGGAUAAAGAGAAGAAAGAAAAGCGGCAAGCAAGUGAAGAGUCAAGAAAGUCACAGUAUUCUUCUCAGGAAAAUUUAGAAAUGGAUAAAACAACUGACAAAGACCGCCUUGUAAAGGAAGAGUCUAGAGAAAAACUUAAUGCGAGAAAGGAAGAAAAACGGGAGGAGACUGAACGUGAUCGUGAUCGAGAGAGAGAAAAACGUAGGGAACGAAAGGAAGAAAAGUCAGCAGCUAAAGAAGAACGGCAAUAUCGAGAGGACCGAUAUAUUGAAAUGGUAAGUCCGAAAGAAGAUGUUCGUUAUUCGACGGAUCGAGCUGGCGGCGAGCGGUAUUAUGAAGAACGCGGGCACUACUACCGAGGCGAGGCAAGGGAUGAACGCGAAGUGGCGAUAAACAACGGUACAGGAUCCAAGCAUAGCCAAGAUGCCAACGAUCCAGAUAGAGAAGCAAAACGAAGAAAAAUGGAUGGUCAAUCAUCGAAGAGUUAUAAACACGAAGAGCGCAAGGUCCAACAGCAGCAGCAACAACAAGUGGAUUAUGUCAUCGAAAAGGUCGAGAAGAAGGAGCGAUCGGCGAAGAAUAAGGAUAAGCGCGAGAAGAUGAGCGAUGAGGAGAAGGAGUUGCGAAAGGAGCGAAAAUUGGGUCGGAAACGAGAUCGAGAGGAAGCACUUCAAGCCGAAAUCAAACGCAAGCGGGAAGAAGAGAAAGCGGCAAAAUUGGCGACGCAUCAAAACGGCGAGAUUCUAGAACGAGAAAAAUACCACCAUUCGUCAAGGGAAAUGUCACCGUAUGCACGUGAACGUGAACGAUCCCACGACCGUAUGGAACUGCGUGAAAAACAAUAUCCUUUUUCAUAAUACUAGAACAUUUUUUCUAUCUUCUGAUUGAUAUUAUUUAUUAUCCUUAAUUAAUGUUUACCAGACGAGGCACCGACGGCAAACGAAGGUGAUUGAGAAGAGCGCUCAUUGGAUGAUGGACGUGAAUCGCGAUCAUGGGCAUGAUAAUUCUUACUACUUGUACAUUUUCGCAUUCUUUUAAGUGAAACCACAAGACAUUUUUGUUUAAGAUGUUUAUAUAUUUUACUGGAAGUAUGAUAUGCGGCGAACGCAACUCGUUUUUCAAUAGUUUUUUCGAUGUGUACAUCUAUAACGCAUCGUGUUUUGUAAUGAAAGUGAUAAAAUAUUUUGUUAAUAUGAGCCUACACAAUAUGAAUACAUAAUGCCAUUGAUUAGACAA